AUGUUGCUACGGUUUGUGCUUGGAGCGGUACAAUUGGCCGUGUCAUCCUUCUCAUUCGACACUGCAUCCAUUACAAAUACUCCAGAGACAAAGAAAUGCUUUACAUGUAGUGUGUUCACGUUCAUCGACAACAAGCUCUUAUGCACGAAUCCAGGAACUUGUUAUUCGGACUAUUGCUAUAGCUAUGUGCUUUCCGAUCUCCGAAGCAUGUAUUUAUCUGGUUGUGCAGAAGACUGGUCUGAUUUCCCUUUCAGAAAAGGACAUGAUGAUCGUAUUCUCUGUCAUGCACAUGGACCUUUUGGUUUGUGUCUCUGUGAAGCCGACAACGUCCCAUGCAAUAAAAUUUUCUCAAACGAAACCGAGCUGCAAUGGGUGAACUCCAACAUUAUUAUUAUGAACUCUGUUUCACAUAAAGUUACUGGCUUCACAGCCGACUAUGCUCGUAAUCGUGUGCUACAAAUGCGAGUCGAUGGAUAUCCGGAAACAUUUCCUGGUCCACCGCUGAAUGCUGCCAGGAUAUCCUACAUCUAUUUGGCAGUUGUCGUUGACCUUUUUGUUGUUUUCUUUCUAUGGUAA